CUUUGGCCUCGAGUGCUUAUUUUUCUUAAAGCUCUGUCAUCUUCUUUAUAUCAUAGUAUUUUUAUACCAUAGAAUGGCCUCAAAGCAAUCCAACACUUCCUUCAAACAGAGCAAGAAGAGCGGCCCGGCUGGUAAUAAAAAGACAGGGCACAGCAAGACCAGUCCCACCUCCAGCCCUAAGACCAAAAGGAGAGCCAGCUCGACUAAAGCGAGCGAUCCUACCAAAGACUCGACCAAAAAGAAUAGCUCUACCGCCAGGAAGGGCAGUACCACAUCUACUGCUCCUGCUAAGAAAACUAAAACUACCAGCAAGAAAGGACCCGCCAUGAAACGUGGUGAUGCUAAAACCUCCUUCAUCACUAGAACUAGCAGUGGUCCUGCUUCUGCUGUUGGUAUAACCUAUCCUGUAUGGGUUGGGAAUCUUCAUGAACUCAUUGACGAGAGGACUCUAAAGCAAACCUUCUCUGGCUAUGGUCCCAUUAUAUCUUGUUCUGUGGAGAGAAGACCUUUGGGUAACUUUGGCUAUGUUAACUUUUCAAAUGGUGGAGAUGCUCAAAAGGCAGCGAAAGGAAUGAGCAAGCACACGUUUUACGGUCAAGAAAUAAAGACCAAAGGGCCAAGGGAAUUAGGGAAGGAAGGUCAUUUGAAGAAACCUGUUGACUAUCGACCACUGACCGACUGUUCUUUUGGUACCAGCUGUCAGAAAGGAGAUAAAUGUUUAUAUCGACAUGUGAUGUUCAGUGAUCCAGCUCCAGUGUGUGAGCAAUGGCAACUGAAAAAGUGCAAAAACAAACAAUGUCCCAAACAGCACCCAAAACUGAAACAACAAACUGCUGCACCUGUCAAACUAGAAAGAGGAGGCAAUUCAAGGAGCUCCGAGUGCCUAACUACUACUGUUGUUAAUAGACCAGGGACGCAGAGACACGUGGCCCUUCCUGGCAGACAGCCAGCUAGGAGAUCAGGUCGAGGUGGGUAUAUACCAAUUGGCCAUCAUAGAUCUGCCUUGAGUGACAGCAGUAAUGAUCCCGAAGGAUUGCUCUAUCCUAUUGAUAGUGUGGCUAGUACUGGUAAUGGGGGGAGCAUGCUUAGUCUCUCUAACUCUGACGACUCUAUGCUUGAGUAUGAGGAGAACAGCUAUUGCUCUUCCUCUGAAGAUGAAGACGAAUAUGAAUAUGAAGAAGGAGAGGAAGAAGAAGAUGAAGAUGAAGAAGAAUGGUUAGAGGAGGAGGAGGAUGAUGAUGAUGAUGGUAGUGAGCCCAGCGUCUCACCAAGUGCUGGACAUUUAACACUUCCAUCACACUUUGCUGGGACAAAACCUCUCUCACGCUCUCCUCUCCCUCCCUCGGCCUUUAUGUCUUCCUUCUCGUCUUCUGCUAGCGGCAAUAGUCCUAAUCUCUCAAGAGCUAUGGACAAUCAUAAGCCAUCAUCACUCCACGGGCCAGUGGCGUCCAGUCAGUCUUUUGAUGUGUCUGAUGAAGAGCAAGACGGGGAAGAGGUCAGCAUGUAUGAGAGGUUAUUGAGCGAUGAGGAAGACAAGCAGCCGCAGUCACUCACUCGUCUGAUGAGCCUUGAAGCAAGGAAAGGAGGAAACAGUGUCCCUCUUGAUGGAGACAACUCCGAUAGCGAAGAGGAUCUUGAUGAAGAGAAGCUGAGCCCUCCGGUUGCUAAUGGAGAGAAGAAAGAGAAGGCCCCAUUGCCAGUGAUGAGUAGCCCAGCUCUAUUAGAACCAGUGGGUCUUUUCUGGGACAUUGAGAAUUGUCCAGUCCCCGUGGACAAGUCCGCAUUUUCACUGGCAAACAAAAUGAGAUCUACUUUUUUCCACGGGAAGAGAGAGGCAGAGUUUAUGUGUGUCUGCGAUAUAACGAAAGAGAGGAAGAAUGUCAUUGAUGAGCUACACAAAGCACAUGUAACAAUAGUUCAUGUCAACGCUAUUGCCAAGAAUGCUGCUGAUGAUAAGCUAAGGCAUAGCCUUAGAAAGUUUGCCCACACUUACCUACCACCGGCUACCGUUGUCCUAGUCUCGGGCGACAUAAACUUCUCGCCCGAACUCAAUGAUCUGAAUCAUGUUCACAACCUUAACAUCAUCCUCCUUCACAAUGCUCAAGCAACUGAGGCACUUAAAAUAUGCGCUCACGUCACUCACUUAUACGAUGAGUUUAUUGCUGACGUGGAGCCCUACAAGAAAGCUUCUGUCCCUUUACCAACGACAGUCCUUGUCACUGGCCUGCCAAGCAUUGAGGCUUCUAAGUUGAGGAACCGUCUCUCUCGAUUAGCCGAUAACUGUGGAGGAAAGGUCAUUGAGGUUUCUCGUCCUCCUGGUACUGCCCGUGUGUUGUUUAAGAGUGAAGAUUUUGCUAGGAAGGCACAAAAGAGAAUGAAUGGAGAAGAUGUGUAUGGUCGUCGAAUAAAAGUUGAAGUUGAGGCUCCCAGAUCUCCUCACUCACCUCACCCUCCUCCUCCUCCUCACCACCACCAUGUCCCUUUUAAUCCUCCCCCUCCUCACCACGUCCCUAUGAAUCCUCGUCCUGAUCUAAGGAAGCCUCUUUUUGGUGCUCCCUAUCAGCGUCCCCCCAUGCCAACUGGGCACCCUUUCCAUCCUCCUCCUCCUCCUGGUCCUAUGUAUCGUCAUCCCGUCCAUCCUCCAUAUUCUGUUCCUCCUUCGGCCUUUCCUCCGCCCUACCCUCGUCCUCCUCCUCCACAGAGGCCUGCCCUAUUCGGUCCUGCUCCUAUUAUCCCUCGUCCUCCCAAUUACCCAUUUCCCUCUCACCCUCGUCCUUUAUUGGACCAACCUCGUGCCCCACAUUUCCAGCCACCUCCUGUCACAAGGGUUUCAUCUGGUCCUAUCACAUUAAAGUUUCUUGUGAAAGGUGUAUAUGUUAAAUCUGAGUUGGAUAUUCAGAAAGCAGUAUCAUCAUUUACAGAGAUGAGAUUAGCCAGUAACAUCAAGUGCUCUUCUCUCAAAGACUACUGGUCAAAUUUCUCUGAGGUCUCCCUCGUAACUGAUUUUGAUUUGUACAACACAGCCAGCAUUAAGAAAGAGUCGCUGAUACUAAGCAAGAUAAAGGACAAAACCCUCUCCUCAAAGAUAGCGGAGAAGUUUGCGUUAACCUGUGCCUCUGAAGUGACGCGCCGAUGCCAAGAGAAGGGUCUACUGUGGGAGGUGGUCCUUCUGAAUAGAGAGAAGGAGGAGGAUGUCAUGAUCUGCUCUAAUGUCGUCUCUUUAUUGAGGAAGUAUGAGAAGCACUGGUGUCAGUGGGGACCUUUUCUAGAGAGCUAUGCUCAAAUAUACCAGAUGAGUCUCUCUCAGAUGAUGAUACAAAGUUCCUGUCAAGGAGCUGUCGUACUCAUUGGUGCUCAACUAGAGAAAGAUCACGUUUUGAUAUUCAGUGAGUUUAAUCCAAUUGUCUCCAUUGAGUCUGGCAGUAGUCAUAUCCUACUAACAAAUACUCACCAAUUACUACUGAGUAUGAGAAAGAACAGGAUCGGAAUUCUCGAUUUUGUUGAAGCGUAUCAGACUAAGUUUGGACCACUCCCUGUCUCUAAGAAGAAGAGAAGGAGCACUGAUCUUCAGGAUUUGCUCGUCGGCUGUCCUCUCUUUAUAAUGAAGGGAGAGACACCGGCCACCAUGUUCCUAGAGCUAAGAGAGAAAAGCCCGAGAUCAGAUCUCUCCACUGUUAAGCAGAGGGAGUUGCUUGAAAUUGCUAAUAGAGAAUUCAUCGAGUUGCUGUCUUGCUAUCCAGACAAGCAGCUACCUUUAAAUAAGAUACAGCAAGAGUAUCAGACUCAUUUUCACAAGUCCAUCAAAGUCUCUAACAUUAUUCCUGGAGAGAGUGGCAUGGGACGUCUUCUUAGUCAUUGCCCAGGAGUUCAGGUGAGGAGAGGGCCCAGAGGCACCAAUAGUGAUACUAUGGUGGUUCUUGUUACUUCUGGAGCUAAAGAAGCAGCUGCUAGUAUUCCAACUGAUUCAACUGAUUCUCCUGCUAAUGUUGUCCCUGCUAGGAUUCAAGAGCUCAAGGCCCAGUUGGUUGAAAUGCUUGCAAGUUCUCCUGGUGCUUCUAUGCAGCUGUUGCAUGUUCCCUCUGAGUUUUCCCGCCGCUAUCAAAAGCCUUUAAUCCUGGCUAAUUAUGGUGCAAAGAAACUAUCAAAUUUAUUGCUGACGAUGCCAGACAUUGUGGAGAUUGUUGGUGAAGGCAACGAGAAAAGAGUGCAGCUUGUAAAGAAAGAGGAGAACCAAGAACUAUUGAUAGAAGAGCUUUUGUAUUCUCUCCCAGAUCACAUGGUAACACUGGAUCGUUUUUUGCAUCAAUACGAACUGCACUUUAAAAAGAAGCUACCAGACUAUGGCGGUCACAGCAAAUUAAUAGACUACCUUCAGGAAAUAAAAGACACCAUUGUGAUUUCAGGAUCUGGACCAAAACGUGAGAUUAUCCUGUCUCCUCUGAGAUUAUUUGCUUGCGAGAUAAGGCUCCUCCUCUUAGAGAAUCCUGACGGUAUAGUGAUGCCUCAGGUUGUUCCGAUGUACAAGGCCAAGUUUAAAAAGGACUUCAGUCCUGAAGUUUAUGGGAAGAAGAAGCUGCUUCAAGUUCUUGAAGCAAUGCCAGACGUUGCUCAAAUUAAUGCCGAAGGAGCCAAAAGAUUCAUUAAAUUGGCUCUGCCUCCCUGCUUUACACCUAUCAAUGUCACUCCAUUGAUGCUUGAGGCUCGCCAGAACUUCCUUGACCAAGUUACUUGUCUCCUUGUGAAGGCCAAAGCUCAGCGACUCUCUUUGAAUCAACUUACUCAGGAAUAUCUCAAGACUUUUGAGCAACCCAUUAAUUUGAGUGAAAUCGGUUACAGUUCGAUCCUUGAUGCUGUUAAAGAUCUUUAUAAUGUUAAAGUAUCUAUACAAGACACUGAGCACAUCAUCCAGUUAAUGCCUGAUGAUUCUUCUCAAGGUAACAACCAGUCUGUUUCUUCAUCAACUGGACCAGAGGCAGAGCAAGAAUGGCCUGACCCAACAGCUAAAGUGGAGCGAAAAACAAUAUCACCUUCUCCCUCUCGCUCUACUCCUCCUCUCUCUCCUCCUCCUUCUUCUUCAAUUGAGUUUCCCCCAGAGGAUGAUUACGUGUGUAUGCUGAAGGAGAGCACUUGCUUGAGGUUGUGCUCUGAAGUUCAUCGUAUCCUUCUCUCUCAUCCGGAGCAUGCCAUGACCCUCACUGAACUCAGUGAGGAGUUUGAGAAGAACAUUGACCCUGCAACACCACAGCCAAAGGACAUUCUGCACUGCAUUAAGAAGUAUAAUGGAAGGAAGUAUAAAUUUAAAUUUCUGAAUCCAGCAAGUGAUUUUGUCAUGGUCUCACUGAUAUUAAGUGAUGCCUUGUGGAAGCUAGGCAGAGAUAUCCAGCACUUGUUUGUUUACAAGCCGGUCCCUAAUUACACUAUCAGCCUCAAGGGCAUAGAGUCCUUGUAUCAGGAGUGCUAUGGCCACAAGCUUAAUCCUAGAGUUUAUGCUAACUCGACUAUUGGAAAGCUAUUGAAGAACAAAAUACUUAGGAAUGUAUUAAAUUUUACCGAUGAUGUGUUGUCUCUAACACCUAAAGCUCGUCGUGAGGUGUUUGCGUCAUUAGCCACCGAGUUGCUGUUCUUUAGAGGGCCCGAGUGCAUUUCAAUGACUCACUUCAUGAGCUGCUAUCAGGAUCACUUUGGUGUACCUCUCGUAUUAGAGGAGCUCUCAGCAGAGACACUGGAUGAACUCUCAGAAACUAACGAACUGAGCCCUUUCAUUAAGGUUGCUGCAGUUCCUGAGCCUCGUCUUGUAUUCACCACUCAGGGUCUGUUCUGUGAGCAAUUGCGUCAUCUUCUAACAAUACAUGACAAUCGUGUCUCGCUAGCGCUACUCCCCACUGUCUACCUCUCUGAAUUUCACCGUCCUGAUGAUCCGGAUAUUUACAAUUGGCUUGAGUCACCUCUCUCUCACGCACCUCAUGUCAUUCAUCUUGCUGCUGAGGAUCUUGUAGUAUGGGCCCCGACUGGUCGGCCUUACCCUUCAAGGAAUGGUUGCCCCCUAGAAGCACCAGAUUAUCUAAAGGCUGAUAUCAAUGAACUUGGCUCUGUCCCUGAUGAGCUAGCAAGUAGAUAUCAAACUAUGGUGGAAGAACCUCUGCCAUCGAUUAGCCUGGAUUUCCUUGAUAUAGACUCAGUGCAAGAGCUAAUGAGCUUGAAAGGUCUGAGUAUGGAAGAUUUUCCUAUUGAGGGAACUGAGGAGAGCAUUGGAGGAAAUCAGUUCUUAGUUGUGGAGGAUGUGGAGUGUGAGAGAGAGGAGAAUAAAGUGGAGGAGGAGGGUGAGGGAAUGGAGGCUGAAGCAGUUGAGAAUAAAGGGAACAGUGAUUGUCUUCAUCAAGAAGCUACCAACAUUGCUGUUGAGUCUUCAAUGAUGAGUGACUCCACUGUUUUCAAUAUGGGCAGUAGUGAUAACAGUAUUACCUCUAGUAGCAAUCCAGAGUCUACUACUAACUCCAUCACUCUUGCACAGGAUCAGUGUAUUGGCGAUAAUUAUGUCAAACCACCUUCCCAAGGGCUCGAUCAUGGGCAGUUUGCUGGGCUUUUCCCGCAAGAUGUCGUUGAGCUGAUGCGCGAAUCUCUUCGGGCGGUCCCAGAGGACGACGUCCAGGGAAAGGUGAAGACUAUGUCGCAAUACAUUGAUUAUUUUGGUGAACUGUCGGCUCGCGAGCUUGAGCGAGUUGAUGGACCACCUAAGCCAAGGACAAGAAAACAAAAGCAAAAGCUUGCUAUUCGUUUUCCUGGCCAGUCUACAUCAACUGAUCAGCCUCCUCCUUCUCUCAAUCCUCCUCCUUCUACAACCAGCGAAUCUGAAGACUCUCAACCUUAAAAGGAAUUCUUACUUUGCUCACACUUGUUGUGCUGUAUCUAAUGCAUGCAGUGAACACAGAUCUCAUGUUAAGGGUGAAUGUAUUUAAGGAUCAUAGUUAUUGUUAGGCCACAUUGUUGUCUUGUAUUAUCCCCCCCAAUGAUUUAGAGCUGGUAAUAGUAUGUUAAUUAGUGUAUACUGUAUAGGACUUGUGAUUUUUGCAGUUGAACUAACAUUGUACAUAAUAAUUGAUUGUUUUUGUGAUUUAAGAUAAUUUUUCUGAUGCUGAUUGUAGUACUAAUAAAAUUUGGAUAUUUUUUAGAGA